UUAAAUGAGCUUCUGACUGUCUGAUCAAAAUGCAGAAAUUGGUUCUAGGUAGUCUGCUUUAUGAAAUUAUGACUGCUUUACUGCAUCAUUCUGUUAUCAGUAACACUUCAACGUCGCCACUUGUAGCCUAACUGAUUAUAAUAACCAUAUGCUAAGCUAUUUCUAACAUAGAUCUAGACUAAUUGUAGCUGUAGACUAUAUACCUGUAUACAGAUAUACCCUAGUGUCAGUACAGCAGUCUGUUUUGCUGUUUGAUUGUGUAAAUGUUGUAAGCAAUUCUGGAUAAUGGAUCUACAAACUUUGUUCGAAGUUCCACUGUCAGACUGUUUUCAUAACCUUUUUACAUGCCUUUCAUUCGAACAUUAGUUAUGCAAGCAGUUUCUGAUAAAUCUUCAAUUCCCAAUGUCAACACAUAUUCACACAUUCAAAUAUUUGUUCAUGAAUUUAUACGUUUAAAUUGUAAUUUUGUUUUAUUGUUUUUUCAUUCGAGAAACAUUUGAUAAGGGACCAUUGAAUGAAUUGCCGCUCUCAUGAUUUUUUUAAACAUUUCAUAGAUGUGUGUAUAAUCAUUUUAGUAGUUUCAUAAUUUUAGAAAUUUUCAGCCAUAUAUAGAACCACAAAAUUGAUGAAUUAUAACGUAUUGAGUCAUAUAUCAUAUUUUACGAACUGGGUUAUAUCGCGCUCUUUCAAUAAAUUGCAUAGAUUGGGUUUUUAUCUAUACAUACAGACAUACUGUUACUGGUUUUGAGCACUAUCUGUUCUAUUUAUUAGGGCUUACAGGCUUAGGCGUGUCGGCGUAUAAGGUGCAUGAUCAAUUUUUGAUAAAAAGAGAGGCCUAUUUGAAGCGCAAUUUAUGGUCUGUAAAAUAUGGUAUCCUCAACAAAUAUAAUAAGAGUUUCGAUUUUACAUAUUCAUCCUGUAAUUCGAUUGAAUUAUUUGAAAUAUUUUAUACACUCCAACCAUAUGGUCAAGUUCUCUUGCCUGUUAACAGCACAGGUAUGGUGGGAUCUGUUGUUAAAUACGUAAAUGAUAUGCAGAUUCUAUUUCCAUUCUCAUAUUCCACCACAGUUAUAAUGAAAAUUCUUUUCUACUUUAUACAGUAGCCUAAUAAUGAAAUCUGUUCAUGUUUUGUAUUUGCUUGGGCCUUAGGGUAUUGGAUUGGAUUAUUGUUUGCAAAUGACAAUUGAUCACUUCUAAAUUAAAAGACCGAUAUUGACAUUUAUUCUUAGCAUCUACAAAUUUGUUUAAUUUGACUAAGAAUGUUUUGUUAUUUCACCAAUGUUUAUUUGUAUCAUGAGUUUAGAGACAGUUAUCAUUUUCAUACCUUAUUAUUAACAGUUCAACAGAUCUUGAUUUAUACGGGAAAAUAGUUGUUUCUUCAAGUAAUGAUUGUUUUACCAGUGUUCAGAAACAUAUUUUGAAUUGAAACUAUUUUAAGUAGUUAUCUGAAUUCCACACCAAGAGAUGGUCUAAAUAAAUCUAAUAGCCAAUUCAUUGUCAUUUUGAUAUGUGACAGUCUGAAAAUACUUUAGGAAAAGUGAAACUACUGAACUAGAGAAGCAAUGAAACAAUUUGUAUUUUGAGUCUUUAUUAGUGUCAUCAAGUUAAGUGAAUACCUCGUAAAUUUUGCAAAUUUCCCAUUUUGACUACACUUGAUAUUUUCCACUUUUAAAUUCAUUUUUUUGAAUUUGAAAUAUUGAAUUCAAUCUGAAUUAGUUCAUAUGCGAGAGAUAAAUUUCCACAAAUCACUGUAAAUUUAUACAAAAUGAAUUUGAAAUGCAAAAAAAAUUUAUAUUCUGCUCUUCUAAGAGUUGAGUGAAGUCUAUUGUUGGUCCUGAGCAACUGAUAUUAUUAAAUGCCCAAAUUACAAAUUUUGAAUGAAGCUUUAAUAAUCAUUAAUUUACUUUAUUUAUUAAUUCUAAUUUCUCAUGUUUCGAAUAUUCAAUUCUUUUUUGACAUCUCUGCUAGAUUCCUAAUGAGUACAAGUUUAACGUAGACCCAUUUCUUCAUUCAUUCUUCAUGAUGGAAUUAAAUUGUUGAAAAUUUGUAACAAUCAAACUCUUAUAUGAAAUUGUGUCUUGUUAUUGUAGCUAUCUUCAAUAAAUAAUAAUAAUGGAUAAUCAUAUGAAAAAAAUUCGAAGAAAGCUAGCAAAACAGAAACAAAGAAAAUUGGCUUUACUUCAAAAGCGUCAACUGCUUCUCGAAGCAGAAGGAAAAGGUCAAGCGACCGAAUCUACAAAACCUUCAGAGACUGAAUAUUCAAAUCUACAUGGAAAGGAUGUUCAUUUAGAAGAACCAGAGCUUGCAGGUUCUGUUAAUAAGGAAAGUGUUUCUGACUCUUCCACAAAGAAAAUUGAAAAUACAAUAUCAAAGUCAGGGAAAAAGAGAAAACAGAAGGAUUCUAACAAUAACUCUAAGAAAACUAAGAAAUCUAAUUUGAAUAAGAUUGAAACCGAAUCUACUGAAGUACCUUCAAAUGAAAGUGGUAAAAACAUUGCUAUUGGCGGGGAGCCAGAAUCUGAAAAAGAUGAGAAUUCUACUGAAAUUGGCGAAGCAGCAGAUCAGGGAGAGUCUCCAGUUGUCGAUUCGAAUGCCUCAACGAAACUUGCUGUCGAGACUUUACCGGACAGCGAGAUGAAAGUAAAGGUUUUGAAAAACACUGCUCUGGACUCAUCAUUUGCGUCCUUGGCAAAACUGGGAGUUAGUGAUGCCACAUUAAAAAGCAUUUCUGAAAUGGGAUUCACUCAUAUGACCGAAAUUCAACAUAAAUCAAUUCCCCCUCUUUUAGAAGGCCGAGAUUUGCUUGCCGCAGCUAAAACUGGGAGUGGAAAAACGCUGGCAUUUUUAAUCCCAGCAAUAGAACUUAUAAAUAAACUGAAAUUUAUGCCUAGAAAUGGAACCGGAGUCAUCAUUAUAUCACCCACAAGAGAAUUAGCGAUGCAGAUUUACGGCGUCAUGCAAGAUACAAUGAAACACCAUUAUCAUACUUAUGGGUUGAUCAUGGGGGGCAGUAACCGGGCGUCGGAGGCUAAAAAAUUGGGAAAUGGUGUAAAUAUUCUGGUAGCUACACCCGGGAGAUUGCUCGAUCACUUACAAAAUACGAGUGAUUUUAUGUUUCGUAAUCUGCAAUGUUUAGUCAUUGAUGAAGCUGACCGUAUUUUGGAGGUCGGUUUCGAAGAAGAAAUGAAACAAAUAGUUAGAAUUCUGCCAAAACGACGACAAACUAUGCUUUUUUCUGCAACUCAAACGAAAAGAAUUGAAGACCUUGCUAGAAUUUCAUUAAAGAAGAUGCCGCUUUAUGUUGGAGUGGAUGACAAUAAAGAACAGGCUACAGUUGAGGGAUUGGAACAGGGCUAUGUCGUUUGCCCAUCAGAGAAAAGAUUUUUGGUUUUGUUUACGUUUCUCAAAAGAAACAGAGAUAAAAAGAUAAUGGUGUUUUUUUCAUCAUGCAUGAGUGUGAAGUAUCACUUUGAGUUAUUGAAUUAUAUUGAUCUGCCUUGUUUGGCAAUCCACGGACGUCAAAAACAGACAAAACGAACAACCACGUUCUUUCAAUUCUGUAACGAAGAAAAGGGAACACUGCUUUGUACUGACGUGGCUGCACGAGGACUUGACAUUCCAGAAGUCGAUUGGAUCGUACAAUACGAUCCACCGGAUGACCCCAAAGAGUACAUACACAGGGUUGGACGUACAGCGCGGGGAGUAAAUGGCAAAGGUCAUGCCCUUUUGACCUUGCUUCCUGACGAACUCGGGUUUUUAAGAUAUUUACGACAAGCCAGAGUACCUUUGAGCGAAUUUGAAUUUUCUUGGUCAAAAAUUGCCAACAUUCAACCACAACUUGAAAGAUUGAGAAAAAAUUACUUUCUACAUAAGUCGUCACAAGAGGCAUACAAGUCCUACAUUCGAGCAUACGCAUCUCAUAGUUUGAAAAACAUUUACGAUGUUCAAAAACUUGAUCUUGUGAAGGUCGCGACGUCAUUUGGGUUCAAAGUGCCACCAUAUGUUGAUUUGGAUGUGCACGGCAAACGGCAGACAGCUGGAAGGGGACGCAAACCAGGAUUUGGUUACCAAGGAAAUAAAAAAUUUGGUGAUAAAUCCAAAAUUUUCAAACCUACAGGGAGGAAAGGUGGAAAGAAUUUUACGAGAUAGUUUUGAAAUCUCGGUUUUAGCUUCAAUCCAAUGCUCAAUAUAUUCAGGACUCUGGGAUGGGGCAGUUCAAUGACAUGCUGUAUUGAAAGUAAAUGCAAUUAGUGAAAACUGAAAAGCAAUACUUUAUUAUUUGCAUCUAUAUAGACACCUGUGCUUUAACUUGUAAAUAAUUUGGUAAUUCUGGUAAAGCAAUUAUAGUUUAUACUUUGGCUAUAGCCAAAAUUAUUUUUUGGUUUGGGACAAGAUCAUGAUUUAUGUCAGAAUUAUUAAGUUAAUUAACUUGGGUUUAGAACUUUGGGAAUUUGUUUUCUUGUAAUACUACUUUUCUUGCUGAGCAUUGACUUCAAAAUUAAUAUCACGUUUUUUCAAUUUGAGUUCAUUGCCCAAUCUACCAGUUCUUAGUUGAUAAUUAUAUCUUACAAAAUUGUAUGGUAUCAAUGGAAUAUAUCAUCUAUCAUUUGUGGAACUACUGUAAUUACAUUGUAAAACAUCGUCUUACAAGAGGUUAUAAUCAAUCACCUAUUUUUCUUUGAAAUUUUUCCCCAAUCUUGUGCUUGCUCCACAUAUCACAGCCGUGAUUUCUAUUUAAAAUUUGUGAAACAAAUAUCAAAAAUUGUUCAAAUUUAUAUUUGUGCCAUCUCUGGUGUGUAUUUUGUUGGGAUUUUUCAUAUGUGCUCUGCAGAGUGAAAAAUUAAUGGGGUGACUCAACAUUCUGUCAGGUUUUUAACAUCGGUCUUUUGCCUCAGAGCCCUGAGUUGUACUCAAAUUCGGAGUAAAUAUAUAAAAAAUGUACA